CAAAUUGCAAAUGGAUAGCGAACGUUCCUUCAAAGUGCCGCCGGAAACGGAGAGGUUUCUCUGCGAACGGUUGCUGGACGAAAAGCAGCCCAUCUCAGAGCGGUUUAGAGUCCUAUUUUCUCUCCGCAACCUCCGAGGCGUCGCACCCCGCACUGCGCUCAUCCAAGCAACUAGGGAUACUUCAAACCUGCUUGCACAUGAGGCUGCAUUUGCUUUGGGUCAAAUACAAGAUGCUGAAGCUAUCCCUGCAUUAGAAGCUGUUCUAAAUGAUCUUUCGUUGCAUCCCAUUGUGCGCCACGAGGCUGCAGAAGCUCUUGGUGCAAUAGGCUUGCAAUGUAAUGUACCACUUCUUAAGAAUAGUUUGGCGUCAGAUCCAGCUCAGGAAGUUAGAGAGACAUGUGAACUAGCCCUGAGUCGGAUUGAUGGGUUGAAGAAUACUUCUGUGACUGAGGCAUCCCCUUUCUUGUCAGUGGACCCUGCUGCUCCUGCUGCUUGUUCUUCUGUAGAAGAACUCAGGGAAGUUCUACUGAAUGAAGACAAGAGCAUGUACGAGCGGUAUUCUGCUCUUUUUGCUCUUAGAAACCUUGGGCAAGACGAAGCUGUUUCUGCUAUUGUUGAGUCUUUAGGUGCCAAUAGUGCUCUACUGCGGCAUGAGGUUGCUUAUGUCUUGGGCCAACUGCAGAACAAGAAAGCUUCAGAUGCCCUUUCACAGGUUCUUAGAGAUGUAAAUGAACAUCCUAUGGUUCGACACGAAGCAGCAGAGGCUCUUGGCUCUAUAGCAGAUGAAGAAUCGAUUGCUCUGCUGGAGGAAUUUUCCAAGGACCCCGAGCCCAUCGUCUCACAGAGCUGUGAAGUUGCUCUCAGCAUGCUCGAGUUUGAAAAAUCAGGAAAAUCCUUUGAGUACCUUUUCAUGGAGACACCUCAAGCUUCAUGCUAAGUGGAAUUUCUUGUUUUUCAACUUCGCUAUUCUCAAGAAACAAUGGAUGGUUCAAGAAUCAAACCCUCAACUAUUGCCGAGAUGGAAAUGAGGUUGCUCUAAUUUUGUCUACAUCUCUUUUAACUUAUGAAUUUGGCUUUCACCUUGUGAAGAUGACUUAUUUAUCGGUUCAGGUAGAGAAAAGCUAGGGUGCCUACCUACCCUCCUAUAAUCUGUUAUAAUUGAAUCAAUAUAAUUGAAACGAUACAUAAUAGAGAAAUUCAUUAUGUUAAAUAACUGGUUUCUAUAUAAAUUGUUUAGGGAUACAUUAAUUAUAAAUUUGUAUCAACUUUUGUUAUUAACAAAUCGAUUAAACUGAACCAAAAUGAUUGUUUCUUGAUGAUUCAAAAAAAUCCCAUUUCCAAUAACUAGUCCAAACUUAUCAAGACUCACAUCUUUGAGGAUGAUGGUGCGGCAGUAUUGUUAGACUUUUGAAAAUGGAAACGACUAGAUACGAUUUCAAUCAUACACUGGACUAUACCAUUUUGGAUAUUGGAAACGAACUUUAAAAAAAAAAUUCGUUGAUUUUUUAAAAUUUAGGAUUAAAUUUGUGGAUUAAAUUUUCAAAAUAUGAGAUCGGGGCAUACAAAUUUUUUUAUACUACACGUCAUUUUGAUCGUUAAGCUAUUUUUUUGUUUUGAUAAAAAUUUUAUCACUCUUCUGUUUUAUUUUCAUAUUUUAUUCUCUUCUGUAUUCGUUAUUUGAAUACCAAUUUCUUCAAUUUUGUGGCCGAAAGAAGUGACACAAAGUAGAUUUGUUUAGUGUAUAUAGAGGAAGUAGUUUUAUUUUAAAACUUAGAAAAAAUUGGAUAUAUAUCAAGAAUAUGAAAUUGAAAACAUAGAAGAGGCGGUUGAGGUUACGUGUCGAGGGUGGACAUUGGUUGGACGCCAGUGUUGAAUGUAGAUGAAUGAAUAAAGCGCAGACAAAACGUAUUAGGAAAAAUGGAAAAUGAAGAAAGAGGGAAAUGGCAAUGGUAAGGCGCAUGGGGAGUUGUACUCUCCCGACCACGCUGUUGAUGUUAAAACAGAUACACACACCAACAAUCAAACCCAUUUAUAUGCUCCCCACAACGCUCUUCAUAUAAACAACAAGGAGGUGGAAGAAGGAGAAGCCAAAAACAAGAAGGAAGAAGAAGAUGAUGUUGAGAAGCGGAAUCCCAAAUGUUCCUCCAAACUAUAGUCUAGAUUAUAGUAAUAUGAAGUACUAGGAAAUAUAAUAAGGUGCGAGGUUGUUGUGGAAUGUAAUGCGCUGAUCAAUAUAACACACAAAUCAUAUCCUCUCGAAGAAUAUUUCAUUUGCUUUAAA